AUGGACCCAGUGUCUGCUAUCGGUUUCGCGGUUACCAUCCUCACCUUUGUCGACUUCUCAUGGAACCUUGUCAAAGGUUCCUAUCAAGUCUAUCAAUCUGUGACCAUAACAACGGCUGAUAAUGCCAGGCUCAGUACGGUCCUUGCCGAUCUUAAAAAGGUCACAGAUGCUAUACAGCACGAUGUAAAGGGGAACAGCCCUCACCUCGAAGAUCUACGGCAACUCGCAGCCGGCUGCGCUGAACUCUCUCUGGAGCUGUCGUCAAUACUUGAAACACUGAAAAAAAAGGAAGGAAACAAGGUGUGGCGCAAUCUUCAAGCGAAAUGGAAGCAUAUGAAGGAGGUUCCUGUCAUCGAGCAGAGACUCAACGUUUAUCGGUUGCAGCUUCUUCUAAGACUGAACCUUAUUCUAAGUGAACAACAAUCAUCCGUCAAGUCUCAGCUAGACGAAAUCCAGGACAGCGGGCUCUCUUUAUCAGCAGAAAGUUUGGAUAAUCUCACAAAUUUGGCUAAAUCUGUGGAAAGUCUGAUACAGAAAUUGAUCAAAGAGCUUUCUGAAUUGGUGAGGAGGAAUGACGAUAAAACCAUAAGCUCAUUAGUGGAGAUUCGUGGAUCUCUGUCAGCAAUACUCUCACAGAUGGAAGCCAUUCCAAAGCUGAAUACGGCGGAAGAGUGUCUGCUUCGACGACUCUCUUUUCCCUCCAUGCAUUCUCGGUUGGAUACUGUCUCCGAGGCCGAGAUGGGCACCUUUGCUUGGCUACUGGAGGACGAAAUGGACAGGAAUGACGAAGAUUCGAAAACUUCAAGUGAGGCAAAGGCCAUUUCUAACACUAGCGAGUCUUCCAUCACACAUCAUGUCGAAGCAAACAAUGAGGACACAGAUUCAGAGUGUGAUGAAGAAGACUCGGAAAUCUCAAGUACUGCAGAGGUAAUUUAUAGUACUGACAUAUCCUCUAUCGAGUAUUCGCGCGAGCAGAGAUCGAGGCAACAAGUUCGUCGGUCCUUCUUGGGAUGGCUCAGAUCCGGGGGCGGAAUUUAUCACAUUUCUGGUAAAGCCGGUUCGGGCAAAUCGACUCUUAUGAAAUUCCUCUGUCAGAAUCCACGGCUGAGGAGCGAAUUGGAAGAGUGGGCGGGAGACAAAAAACUCGUUUUUGCGAAUUUCUUCUUUUGGGCUUCCGGAGAUAAACAGCAAAGAUCUCUAGAGGGACUCUACAGAUCGCUCCUCUUUGAAAUACUGAACCAAUGUCCCGAGUUUAUUAAUGAAGUAUUUCCAGAUCAGUGGGCAAAUAUGAAAUCACACCUGACCAGAUGGGAAGGUAGACCAUUUUUGCUCUCUGAGUUGAGACAAGCAAUGGGAAUUGUAACAGCCAAGUGCAACUUUCCACGCCAUCGCUUCUUUUUCUUCAUCGAUGGACUUGAUGAAUACGAAGGAGAUAGCACCGAUCACUUCGAAUUGGCUAGGGGUCUCCAGAAAUGGUCAUUUUCGGCCGAUAUAAAAAUUUGUACAAGCAGCCGACCGCAUACUGAAUUUCUGGACGUCUUUGAUAGCAACCUACGAAUGGAUCUUCACCACCUAACACGUGCUGAUAUCCAUCGCUUUAUCGUUGCAAUGUUUGAGAAAGAACAAAAUUUUGACUCCACAAAUAAACACUGUCGCUACAUGGUACAAAAUAUUGUCAACGGAGCGGAUGGAGUCUUCCUGUGGGUUCGCCUUGUGGUUCGCUCACUUCUAGUGGGUUUCAGACAUCGAUAUCCCUUAGCACAUUUGGAGCAGAGACUUGAAAGGAUGCCUAGAGAACUAGAUUCCUUAUUCGAAAGGAUCUUCAAUAGCAUAGACCCUGUUGACCGGAAAAAAACCGAUCAAAUGCUCAUUUUGACUGCUUCUUAUCCAGGAAUCAAUGCCCUUAUGUUUUCGUGGCUUGAUGAUCUUGAGGACCCGGAUUUCCCUUUCAACGCACCAAUCGAAGCAUACUCUGACGAUGAGAUACGUGGGCGACUUGAAGUUGUGCGUCUUCACUUGGAUGGCUUGACUAAAGGGAUACUGGAGAUAGGCCACGAUUAUUCACCAUACAUAAGAGACAUAUAUUUCCAAUAUAAGGUCGAAUUUUUCCAUCGUACAGCAAAAGAUUACUUUAACGAACCUGCGAGAUACGCAGAAAUCACAGAACGUCUUAGCGACUUUGAUAUUAUGGACGCAUACCGACGCCUCGUUCUCGCAGAAUUCAAAUUUGCAAGGACAAUGGGGGAAUAUUUCAAGACUCAAGCACUAGGGGGAACCCAGCUGAUUUCAUGCUUUUCAAAAGUCUUUGAUGGAGUGGCCGAUCGAGUGGCCGAUCAGGCACCCUUACGAUUUCACAAAGAAUAUGACAAAAUUCUCAACCAUCAUCGACAACACCCAUUCUCUUUCCCAGGUGAGACAACAGACAACUCUGGAGUCAUUGCUUGGGGCCAACGAUUCUCUUCAGUCAAUGAUUAUGCGAAUGCUGUUGCGGGCGAUGAUAUCUCUUACCUUCAUUGGGCAGCAUCAACUAGCCAACAUGAGUAUAUUGUCGAUCAGGUGUUAUCGAAUCCAAAAUUAGUUAACCCUACCGACGAUGGGCGGAGUCUGCUAUUUUCAGCUAUUAUACUAGGCUUAUACGAACCGGCUCGUGGCUUGAUUUGUGAUCUGUUAAAAUAUGGGGCAUCUCCAAACCAUCGGAUCCCAGUUUACUCUAUCAGCAGCACAGAUAUCCGCAUCGCGUCAAUAUGGGCAAUUUUUCUGUUCAUUGUAGGCCAGAAAUGCUUGGGACACGAGUCGAAAAAUGUUGAAAUGUUCUGGGUCAUGGAGGAACUUAUCAAAUCUGGCGCUGAUAGCGAUGUCCAUUUUCUUCUCAAACCAAAGAGACAAGAAUAUGAUGUCGAAGCUGACAGUGUUGAGGACAUUCGUUUCAUCUCCCUGGAGGACCUCGUUGUAAAGGAGCGACCACCCAACAUGGAUACUCUUCUAGGACGGAUUGUAAGCGGAAAAAGGUUUCGGUUGUGGAACAGAAUUCUUCGGGCAUUAUCCACUCUGGUCCUUUGGAACAUACUAUUCGCUGAUAUUGAAUCGAAAUAUGAGCGUGCUCGUAUCGAUAAGCUCAACUCAGAAUGUGACAUCCUGUGCGUCUAUGUUGGGGGGGAGAGGCUUGAUAGAGAUUUUUCAGCAAAACGUUACUAG